AGACGCGUCUUUUUUUGAGAAAAAUGGAAGAAAACUAUACUUUCUUCAAUGAAGAAUGUGAAGAACUUAUAGAAGAAAUUAUUAGUUCUACAUCAUCAAAAAGAAAAUUUAUUGGAUGUACUAAUUGGAAAAUGGGAGAAUUAGAUCAUAGAUAUAUGAUUAUACCAGAUAAUAUUGAUUUGGAAUUUUUGAAAACUAUGUUUAAUGAAUAUUCUUAUCAUGCUAAUGGUAUUGAUUUUGAAAGAGAUGAAUCAAAUGUAAUUGAUGAAUGUUUUAUG